AUGUUGGUGUUACUGGCCAGUAUCUUUGUGGUCCACAUCGCCACCGUCAUCAUGUUAUUUGUUUCCACCAUUGCCAAUGUCUGGAUGGUUUCAGAUGUUGGAGCAAUAUCAGUAGGUCUUUGGAAAAACUGUACUUCCACUAAUGACUGCAGUCACAGCCUGUCAUACAGCGGUGAAGAUGCCCUCAAGGCAGUGCAGGCCUUCAUGAUUCUGUCCAUCAUCUUCUCCGUCAUCUCCCUCGUGGUCUUCGUGUUCCAGCUGUUCACCAUGGAGAAAGGCAACCGCUUUUUCCUCUCGGGGGCCACCAUGCUGGUGUGCUGGCUGUGCAUCUUGGUGGGGGCCUCCACCUACACUUAUCACUAUGCCAAGAACUCUGAAGACCAGUACCCGGAGAGUCACCACGGCUAUUCCUUCAUCCUGACCUGGAUCUGCUUCUGCUUCAGCUUCAUCAUCGGCAUUCUCUAUCUGGUCCUGAGAAAGAAAUAA